UGGUAUGGUCACAUGGUCUUUCAAGAUGGCCGCGCCCUGCAGCAAAGGGGUGUAGAAGCAGAUAGUGUUGUGCAAACACGUUUUAAUGACAGUUGAGGAGACGCAGGUCGCAAUUGACAUCUCUAGAGAGAGACAGAGGAGUAAAACGGUCACCCCCUCAACCUCGCCAACAUGAGCAACGACGGUUUAAUCCUCCCCAAGGACUUUCCCCAGAUCCAGAACGAUACAUUUCUGCGAGCAGCACGAGGAGAAGAAACUGAACAUGUCCCUGUCUGGUGUAUGAGACAGGCUGGACGAUACUUACCAGAGUUUCGUGAGUCCAGAGCAGGGAAGGAUUUCUUUGAGACAUGUCGGUCACCAGAGGCCUGCUGCGAGCUCACUCUGCAGCCUCUGAGACGUUUUCCCUUCGAUGCUGCCAUCAUCUUCUCUGACAUCCUGGUUAUCCCACAGGCCUUGGGUAUGGAUGUGCAGAUGGUGGCAGGUAAAGGUCCUACAUUCCCGGACCCUCUGAAGGAGCCAGAAGACCUGCAGCGUCUGCGGUCUAAAGUGGAUGUGGACAAAGAACUGGGCUACGUCUUCAAAGCCAUCACACUGACCAGACACAGGAUUGAGGGCAAAGUGCCGCUCAUAGGAUUCACUGGAGCUCCGUGGACGCUGAUGUCCUACAUGAUAGAAGGCGGAGGCUCCAACACCCACUCUAAGGCAAAGCGUUGGCUGUACCGACACCCAGAGGCCAGCCACAUGCUGCUGAGGAUGCUGACAGACGUGAUAGUGGAGUAUCUGCUUGGACAGGUCGCAGCUGGAGCUCAGGCUCUGCAGGUGUUCGAGUCUCACGCCGGCAUUCUCGGGCCAGUCGAGUUUAGAGAGUUCUCUCUGCCUUACCUUCGAGACAUCGCUCGGCGAGUCAAAGAUAAACUCAAGGAGGGCGCAAAGGACAUUCCCAUGAUUGUGUUUGCAAAGGAUGCUCACUAUGGUCUAGAGGAUCUGUCUCAGUCUCAUUAUGAGGUGGUUGGGCUGGACUGGACCAUUGACCCACAAACAGCACGGGAGCGCACAGGAGGGAAGGUCAGCCUGCAGGGAAACAUGGACCCUUGUGCUCUCUACGCUCCAAAGGAGCACAUUUCAGACAUCGUGAAGAAGAUGCUGGAGGGUUUCGGCACAAGGGGCUACAUCGCCAACCUGGGUCACGGCCUUUAUCCCGACAUGGACCCGGAUAAUGUGGGCGCCUUCGUCGAAGCCGUGCACCAACACUCUAAACGGAUGAUCAAACAAAUGUAAAGGAUGGACGUGCGUGUGAGGGAGAGUGUAAGCCCAACAUGCUGAUGUUAGUGAUGGAAAAAAAAAAAAGCCAUUUUUUGAUUGAAAAACCAUGGAGAUUUUCUUUCUUUUAAAAAAACAACAACAACACUGACCUAAUAUUAAUGAACGAUACAAAAACACAUACAUUCACUACAUUCUCGUCCAGUUUAGAUUUUCAGGAUAAAAAAGAUGUUUUCUGCUCAUCACAUAAUAUGUUCAUCUGACCAGGAGUGGAUUAUGUUUUUUAUGUUUUUCCAUUGGAUGGAUCAUUUUUGCAAGUACAUGUACAUUACAAAUGCAUUUAAGUUGUGUGGAAUUUAUAUUAAUAUUGGAUCUAUUCAAAACAGCUUUUACUUCGAGAUGAAAGCUUUUCCUUUUCAUGCAAUCAAACUCCCCAUAAUGUCACUCCAGCACAGACACACAUUUAUAACCUUCUGGUAUCUGUAAACCUCUUCAAUGAUAGCUGAGAUCUUCAUCAGUAUCGGUGUCCUUAAAGAAAAACAAGAAGGAUCCAAACUGCUGUGACAAAAAGAGCUGGUGAUUUGGCAAAAGACACAUUUUACUGCACAUUACACAUUACUGCAGUUAUAAAAUAUGUUUUUGGGGGGGAAAUGUCAGCACACAGCAGUUGAUCAUUCCACCAUCUAACAUCUUAACCGUAAACAAAGUCCCCCGCUCGAUCUCAGCACAAAGAGAUUUAUUUUUAGUCCCGCAGAAAGAAAAUCCUCUAAGAAAUGCAGGUUGUACAAGAAGAGGCCUUAUGCUGUCUUUAUUUUUCACCUAAAUCAGUUUUUCUUUAUUUCAUCAACUCAGCCUUGUAGACAAAUUGGUUUAUGAAGUGAAUCACAUUGUGAGAUUCCUGAGAGGAUGCUUGUGAUUGCCAUUUUCCAGAUUAUUAAAACCCAUAAAUGUGUAUAUCUGGCUGUUUUUUUCUGUCCACGUCAAUAAAGACUGAAUUCAUUUUUGUGAAAUGUA